AUGUCCGAUGCCGAUAAUGCGCAGCAGACAAUGGGUCGGAUGCCACCGAGAACUCGCUCCAAUUUCGCAACACGUACAGCGAGAGACGACACCGAGCGACUUCAUCGACGUUCUUUUGUGCAGCAGUCCCCUCCAGCCAAUGAGGAAACCCCACUUCUUCCUGACAGCGGCCAGCAAGAGUCGUCACAGAAUGGUCUUGGCUACGAUGGCGCUGAAGAGCAAAUCCAAGUGGUCGAAUCAUUGAUGCAUUGGUUUUCCAGUAAAUUCGACUCUUUCCGGUCGAAUCCACCAAAGUCAAUCACUGAGGCCUCCAAACCAAGGCCUGGUGCUUUCCCAAGGCCAGUUGGGGGCACAGAGAAACUAGGCACCUUUGCUGGUGUCUUUGUGCCCGUGACUUUAAAUGUCUUGAGCAUUUUGAUGUUCUUGAGGUUUGGCUUUAUCCUCGGUCAAGCUGGUCUUGUGGGCAUGAUGGGCAUGCUUGUUGCUGCGUAUCUAAUCAACCUAUUGACCACCAUGAGCAUUUCUGCAAUUGCCACCAACGGCACGGUAAGAGGUGGUGGAGCCUACUACCUCAUCUCCAGAAGUCUAGGGCCUGAGUUUGGUGGCUCGAUCGGCAUCGUUUUCUAUCUAGGCUCAGUGUUCAACACUUCUCUCAAUGCUGUUGGACUGAUUGAUUGUUUCAUCGUCAACUUUGGCACACAUGCCGGCAAUAUGGCCCAAUGGCUUCCUCAGAGCUACUGGUGGCAGUUCCUUUGGGCUACUGCGGUGCUAGCAGUAUGCACGCUUAUCUGCCUGGCCGGCAGCCGUCUGUUCGCGCGUUGCAGCAACGGUUUGCUAAUCAUCCUGCUUGUUGCCAUCAUCAGCAUCCCUUUAUCAGCAGCUAUCAAAGACCCAUUCGUCAAUAUGAAGGAGCACAUUGUAUUCACCGGAUUCAGUCUGGAUACCUUUCGACAGAAUCUCCUGCCUAAUUUCACAAGGGGCGCAGCUGGAAGUGUAGGAAAGCAUCGAGAAAGCUUUCAAGACCUCUUCGGCAUCCUGUUCCCAGCAACCGGAGGUAUUCUUGCUGGUGCGAGCAUGUCAGGAGACCUGAAGCAUCCUAGCAAAGCUAUCCCCAAAGGAACCCUUUAUGGGCUAGGCUUGACAUUCAUCCUGUACACCUUGGUCAUCUUCGCCAUGGCAGCAACUAUAGGCCGGGAAUCCUUUUACAGCAACACAAAUGUCAUUCAGCUUACGAAUAUCUCUGGUGUUGUCAUACUGGCUGGGGAAUUCGCCACAAGCUUGUUCUCAGUGCUUAUGGGUGUCAUUGGGUCAGCCAAGCUCUUGCAAGCACUAUCUCGAGAUCAUCUGAUUCCAGGAAUUUCUCUCUUUGGUCAGGGCACGCGUAUGUCCGACGAGCCCAUCUAUGCGAUCAUCAUUACCUAUCUCAUCGCACAGAUUACCAUGCUCGCAGACAUCAAUCAGAUCGCUUCAUUCAUCACCAUGACGUAUCUCAUGACUUUCCUGGUAACGAACCUCGCCUGUUUUCUCUUGAAGAUUGGGUCUGCCCCAAACUUUCGGCCAUCAUUUCACUUCUUCAAUUCCCAAACAGCGGCAGUGGGGACUAUAGUCUGCGGAGUUACAAUGUUCUUCGUCGACGGCUUCUAUGCCUCUGGAUGCGUAGCUUUGCUGCUUGUCAUCUUUCUACUCAUCCACUACACUACGCCCCCGAAGCCAUGGGGCGAUGUCAGUCAAGGUCUCAUCUACCACCAGGUCCGGAAGUACCUUUUGCGCCUACGUCAAGAACAUGUCAAAUUCUGGAGACCCCAGAUCUUGCUGUUAGUGAAUGAUCCUCGGCGACAAUACAAGUUGAUUCAAUUCUGCAACUCGCUAAAGAAAGGAGGGCUUUUUGUCCUAGGGCAUGUUAUAGUAACCAAGGACUUCGGUUCGGCUGUGCCAGAGGCGAGACAACAACAACGAUCAUGGACCAAGUAUAUUGACUUUUCGAGAAUCAAAGCUUUUGUGAAUAUCGCCAUUUCGCCUACGGUGGAAUGGGGCGCUCGCAAUCUUGUCCUCGGCGCAGGGUUGGGUGGCAUGAGACCGAACAUUGUCGUUAUGGGAUUUUACAAUCUUUCAGAGCUUAGGCAGAAUCAGCCCUCUAUCGACAUACCAUCACCUCAACCUUCGCGACCAUCUAGUAAAGCCGCUAAUCGUCCAGUCGCUCGUAAAGCGAUACAAGCGGCACCUAAGAGAAGGCAGACAGGCAACAUGCAGGGCACACUGCCUACUGAUGCGAUGAGGCCCGAAACCGCAAUCGAUAUACGAAACUACGUAACGGUCAUUGAGGACCUUGUUAUACGACUACAAGCCAACUUCGCUAUUGGUAAAGGGUUCCAAGAGCUUGAAGUACCAUCUGCCAAACCCACCGCAAAGCAGAAAGCACUGAGCGUCCUCGGACUGGGCAAUAUCGAUAUCGACGAUACCAAGAAAAAGUUUAUUGAUUUAUGGCCCAUACAGAUGUCUGCAGAGGUUGCGACUACGGGCGAGGAACCUAGUCGCAACAACGUGUUGACAACAAAUUUCGACACAUAUACCCUGAUCCUCCAACUUGGCUGCAUACUGCAUACGGUUCCAUCAUGGAAGCGAUCAUACAAGCUGAGAGUCUGCGUGUUCGUCGAGUACGAAGCAGAUGUUGAGGAAGAACGAGGACGAGUUACUACACUACUGCGAAACCUGCGUAUCGAAGCCGAAGUGCUUGUAUUCUGGCUAGCAAGUGGCGACUUGGGGAUGUAUGAAGUCAUUCUUAACGGACAUGACGAGGGCAGCUUUGACCAAAUAGCUCGAGAUAUUGAUUACUCUUUGGAAGACGAGCGCUGGUGGCAAGAUAUCAAACGACUUCGCCGACCAGAAGACUUGAGCGCAAGCCAAGAAAUAGCGCAAACUGUCGACAUUCUUGAAGCCGUCACCAGCUGGCCAAUUGCAUCAUUUCAGCAUGGUAGGCAUGAGACGAGGCCGAAGCGUUUCGCCGCACUGCAGAGAAUGCUCCGACGAGCAAAGAAUAGAACAUCUUUGGGUGAUGUGCAGGAAGCUGGUGCUAAGAUCGGGAUGCGCAGCCAAAGACUACCCAUUGAGCUUCUAGCAGACAGUGGCAGCGACUCCGCAAGCUCUACUAGGAGCGAUGAUGGUAAAGAUGACGAUGAAGCUGAUGACGAAGCUAUAGCGAGUGAGAGCGAGGCUGCUGUUAGUGGUAGCAAUUUCGACGAGUACGAUCUUGACGCAUCUACGGAUGAAAGCGACAGCAAUAGCAGCGCGAGACGUCCCAUGCCAUCGCGAAGAACUCAAACAACACCUAGUCCGUCAUUCUUUUCAAAGAAGCUUGACUUGCGAAAAGUGAUUUGGAAGGGUUCGCCAAAAGAUGGCUCGCUGAAGGAUGAUCGGCCCACUUCGGAUUCAGUAACGCCGCUUAAACCACAUCCCGGUGCUGUUGCAUCUGACACUGCUGUUCGUCGUGCCGGACGAGGGAAAAAGUCUAGCAGCAGUGCCAGCUCGACUUCUCAGCUGUCGCCCUCCUCACGAGCAAGAACCGUCAUUCCACCUCUAGUAGGCCCGCAAUCCCUACCAAAAUUUACUUCAAACCCCACACCUCGAACCGUUGUAGCUUCAGAGGAGGCGGCAGGUCCCUCUAUAAUGUUUGUCAAUACCCCCAAGGCAACCGGGGCAGAGGAGAAGAAGGACCCCAUCGCUACGGCGCCAGUCUCUCCCGCCCAGCUCGCAGCAACAGCAGCCAGCUCUCCUCAGAUUUCCGCUACCAAUAGCCCAUUGUCAUCGGCCACUGCUCUCCCUACAUCUCAGGCCACUACCUCUCCAGCAUCAGGUUACCCCGCCCAACAAUCAAUACCACUCUCCUUCAAUGACCUGCCCUGUCGCGCUCAGCACCUCAUACUCAACGAGCUCAUACGGCGUCAGAGCGAUGAUACGGCCGUGGUGUUUACGACGCUGCCAAGUCCGAUAGAGGGGACUUGUGAGAGCGAGGCGGAGAGCGUCAAGUACAUUAGUGAUUUGGAGGUGCUGUGCCAGGGCUUGCCGCCUGUGUUAUUGGUGCAUAGUAAUAGUAUGACUGUUACUAUGAAUCUGUAG